GUUGUCGAAGUUGUCGUUGUCGGGGUUGCUUCCUCUGAGUUCAAAGGUAUGAGGUCGAUUUUCGCUAAUUUCUCUGUUGGUUGUGCGGAUAGGGCUGCCCUGUGAUAGGCUGGAUGCACGGGCCAGAAGGGCCCGCUUUGGCAAGAGCGACGAGAUUACCUAUCUCAAGCGGCCAACCCUAACCCUUUCAAACAUCCCGUAUCUUCACCGUCCUCCUCCGUUCUUGGUUUUUCGUCUUGGAUAUCAAAGCAUCGGCAGGUCCAUGAAUCUUGGAGCUGAAACGGGCCCGGAUGCUGUUGCAUCAGCCGUUUUGGAAGAAUUCAGGAAGCUCCCGGCGAAGCGAAAACCAGCCGUAAGAGACAAUGGCCUCCGCGAAUGGGUGCCCCUCGCUGGCAUCGUUGUUCAAGGUCCACGCUUCAUGCAAUGUGUAGCGCUGGCAACGGGGAUGAAAUGUCUUCCAGCAUCCAAGCUUUCCCAGGCCAAGGGAAUAGCCCUUCAUGACUGGCACGCCGAAGUCCUUGCCAUCCGCGCUUUCAACCGCUGGAUCCUGGACGAGUGCCGGCGUCUUGCCCUGGAUAGCACAGCGCAAUCUGAGUUUCUCCAGCGGAGAACAGAAACAGGAAUCCCUGGCCCAUCCGCGGACAAGCAGAGCUGGCACGGCCAGCCAUUUGUCUGGCGAGAAGGCCUCACGCUCCACAUGUACUGCUCUGAAGCGCCUUGCGGCGACGCGAGCAUGGAACUGAUCAUGUCCGCACAAGAGGACGCCACCCCUUGGCCAACAACAACAACAACAACAGCCCCCCUUUCCACCACCAGCAACCCAUCACCUCCCCCAUCGGGCGCCAACGCCAACGCCAACACCAACACCAACCCACCACUCACCCUCCUUCUCGGCCGGGGCUACUUCUCACGGCUGGGCAUCGUGCGACGCAAACCCUCGCGCGGCGACGCCCCGCCCACGGCGUCCAAAUCGUGCUCCGACAAGCUCGCGCUGAAGCAGUGCACCUCGCUGCUCUCAUCGCUGACUUCCUUAUUUGUCUCGCCCGCGAGGGUCUACCUGUCUACCCUGGUGCUGCCAGAGUCCCAGUUCAGCGCUGUGGCUUGCAGACGGUGCUUUUCUGCUGCUGGCAGGGACGAUGAUGAUGACGAUCCCGCUGGUGGUGGUGCUGGGGAUGGGGAUGGGGAUGGUGGUGGCCUGCUGGAGAAGGGAGAUGGUUGCGGGAGGAUGCGACCUGUUGCAGGGAAAGUGUGGGAUGCAAGUACAGGCUACCAGUUCGUUCCCUUCCUGGUUGAGACCACGUCUAUGGAAUUUGAGUUCUCGCGGAGGGCGGUGGUGGGGCGGGCCGGUGGAAUGGAUGGGCGGAUGGUCAAGUUGGCGGCGAGCAACCUUGCAGUUGCGUGGACAAGGGACGGGGAGGUGGAGGAGGGGUUGGUUGGUGGCGUGUUGCAGGGGCGCAAGGCGUUCGACCUUAAGGGAGCAAGUUUGACGUCGAGACGGAGGAUGUGGGAGGCGGGGGUUGAGGUCGCUAGGACGCUGGGAGAUGAUGUGAUACGCCAGCAUCUUGCACAGGGGACGUACAACGAGGUCAAAGAAGGGCCGUUACUAGCGGCAAGGAGGAAGGUGAAAGAAGACGUGAGAGCGGAAGCACUGAGCGGCUGGUUGAGGAACACGGGUGAUGAGGAAUUCAGCCUGUGA